UGCAUCAAAAUGCAAGUUAUCAACGGAUUUAAAUUGUUGGCUAUUGGGAUAUUUUUCCUCCUCUUAGCCUGCAAUUUUCAGAGCCAAGCAGUUGAUGAAAAACCCAAAGAUGUCGGAUCUGUUGAGCCAAGUACUCUGACAUUUUGGGAACGCAUUGUGAGUGGAGUGAAGAACUAUCCCUGGAAAUCUGACAAAAUCGAGAAGGAAAGCCCCGAAACUGCUCAAAGAAGAAACCUUUUUUGGCAACGACUGACGAUGUCCACAGUGCUUUAAUAUAAAAUCGGAUGUACAAAUUAUACCAACAAUUACCAAUUAUCUGAUGUAACAAAAUCUGUUUAAAGGUUAACUUUAUCUGUAUCUCAAAAUAAAACACCAUGUUUAUUGAUUACUUUUGGAAGCA